AUGCUCGAGAAGCGCGACGUCUGGGACAAGAUGAGCGAGAGGGCGCGCUGGAAGGAGUUCGCCGCGCGUCCAGAGCACGCCGGGCGUUCGCGCGAAUCGUGGCGGACCGCUGCGGAGACCCACGCGUCGAACAUCAAGAAGAUAUACGACGAGUUGCUCGAGGAGCUGGAGGAGUCCGCCGAGUCGAAUGCUGACACGCCGCCGCAGAACGACUCGGCGAAGGGUACGUCGAACGAGGAAGCCGCGAACGAGGCGGAAGCGAUGUGA